AACCGUGCAGACAAGAUAAACAAAUUACAGAAACACUUUUUCUGGUUCACUCUCGGAUUUAUCGUUGUAAACCACACCGGUUUACUGAUAUGUUGAACUUUUUAAAUGGCAAAAAGUGUUUCUUGGACAUAUUUCAAAGGAGGAUUAUCCAACUAUGACAGGACAUGAACUUCAGAUUCACAUCAACCUGACAUGAAAGGGAGGGUAUAGGAGAUCACGGUCUUGUCGAGAAAACCCACCAAUAACAAGUGUCAGGGAAGUGUCUGACGUCUUUCCAAAUUCAAAAUGGAUCCUUACGGGUCCCCUCUCAAUCGUAGCCAAUCAGUGACGAGUGGCUUGGAGAAGUCCUCUCCCGCGUGGAACAAACCCACUCACUCCCGCAGCAGCAGCACUGCCUCCUCCCGUCACUCUCGCCUGAUCAGCCAGAAUGCCAAAGACUGGGAGGUGAUGGAUGAUCUUCAGUUGGAGAUGACAGUGGUUGGCGAGAACAUGCAGGACAUGACAACCCCUGGUAUCUGCGAGGGCUACCUCCUCAAGAGAAGGAAGUGGCCACUCAAAGGCUGGCACAAGAGAUACUUUGUGUUGGAAGGGGGCAUUCUACGAUAUUCCAGAACCCAGCAAGAAAUCUUAAGGGGAAGGGUCCAGGGCUCGUUAGAUGUCAGCCUUGCAGUGAUGUCCAUAAACAAGAAGUCAAAUCGGAUCGACUUGGAUGCUGGAGAUAUUCUUUACCACAUGAAGGUAAAGAGCCACGAGCUCUUCUACAUCUGGGUGACCAAGCUGAGUGCCCACCGCAUGUUCAAGAAGAACGAGGCCGCUCACGUUAACAACGGCUUCCUGCAGGCCCUGUCACUGGGCACCUCUGGAGACGCUCAACGCAACGGAGACACGAGCACAGCUGGGUCAUACACAGGAGAAGCAGCUGCUCCGUCAGAGGGUCUGCCGUCCGCCAACCCUGGGGUCAACGGCAAGGUGUCUGCCUGGCUGCAGCAAAGCCACGACACAGAAAGUUGUGCUCAAGAGCUGAACAACUGUCAGCUGGACCUGUCGGAGCUGAACCGUCUGGUCCAGAGACUGCAUCUUCUGGAGGGAGCUCAGGCGCUUAGCAACGGAGACCUACAGCGCAUCAUCAGCAUGCAGAACCUCUCACUUGAGAAGCCCAAGAAGAGCAAGUCGAAGAUGUGGGGUCACUCGCGGACCCUGUCCAGAGUGGAGGCCCUGGGGAUGCUCUCCUCCAGUCACCUGGGAAGUUCCUCCCACCUGGGCGCCUCCGUUCCCUCCAUCCCUGACUACGUCUUCUCCCAGCUGGCCCCGCCCACUGUCACUUCCCCCGAGGGCAAGAAGAUCCAGCAAGACAUCUGCGCUGUGUCCCAACGAGUCCAUGCUUCCCUCAAGUCAGUGCAUGAGGCCCUGGCUCAGGAACGCCAGAGACUGCAGGAGACCUGGGGGGUCCCUGACAUCAACCAGCCCACCACCCUGGCCGAGGGAAGGCGCUCUUCCCACCGUACUCCCUCGGUGGCUGACUCCACGGCGGAGUAUUUCGAUGCUAGUGAUGACGUCUUGUGUGGAAGCUCCUCAGAGUUGUCUGACGAGUCUGGCCUGAGCGACGGCACCACCAGCAACUCUGAACCUGAAGAGGGACAUGCUACAGCCACCCGAAAAUACCGUGCCAGCAUCUCCAAAGCUCCCAACAGCUUUUUCCCGAAAAGCACGGGCCGCCGUACCACCUUGGCUGCCCACUGCCCCGACAAUAGCCACGUGGGCUUGAUGGCCAUCCUCUACAACAACAUCGGCAAGGAUCUGUCCCGAGUGUCCAUGCCAGCUGCCCUCAACGAGCCCAUUAACCUGCUUCAGAGACUCUGUGAGGAACUGGAGUACACUGAGCUUCUGGACACUGCCAACAACACCCAGGACCCAUACCAGAGGAUGGUUUACAUCGCUGCCUUUGCCAUAUCUGGCUAUGCAACCGCUCACCACCGUAACCGCUACAAGCCCUUCAAUCCGGUCCUGGGGGAGACCUACGAGUGUCAUAGGGAGGACAAGGGUUUCCGCUACAUCAGUGAGCAGGUCUGCCACCAUCCCCCCAUCUCUGCUUGUCAUGCUGAUUCGGAUCAUUUUAGCUUCUGGCAAGAUCAGAGAUGGAAGAACAAAUUCUGGGGGAAGUCCCUUGAGAUCAUGCCAACAGGAAUGGUGAAUCUUACCCUCCCAAAAUUUGGGGACCAUUAUGAGUGGAACAAAGUGGUUACUUGCAUCCACAACGUCCUGAGCCAACAACGUUACCUCGAGCACUAUGGAGAGGUCACCAUCCGCAACCUCAAAAGCUCUGCAUGCACCUGCAAGAUCACCUUUGUCAAGUCCCGCUACUGGGGCUCAGAGACAAACAAGAACGAGGUGCAGGGGACCGUCCUUGACCAAAGUGGAAGCGUCAUCCACCGGUUUGGUGGUCUGUGGCAUGAAGGCAUCUUCUGUGACACCUUACCCACUCCACAGUGUAUCUGGAAGCCAAAUCCCCAACCCAAGGACUCCAUCUUGUACUAUGGUUUCUCCACCUUUGCCUUGGAGCUCAAUGAGCUCAGCCCAGACCUCAAGCCUCUCCUGCCCCCCACAGACACUCGUCUGCGUCCUGACCAGAGAAUGCUAGAGGAGGGACUGGUGGAUGAGUCAGACAAAAAGAAAGACGAGGUGGAGGAAACCCAGAGGGAACUCAGGAAACAACAGGCCAAGAAGGGGGAGCACCAACCACGAUUUUUCAAGCCAGCCACAGAUUCUUCUGGGCGGGAUGUGUGGCUGACCAACGGAACUUACUGGAAGCUCAGAGAGAAUCCAGGCUUUGCGAAGAUUCCGAAUAUUAAUCUGUGGUGACUUCCGCAGACCGUAGCCCUGGCCUGACAGCAUGGCAGAAAAGACACGCUACAUGGCGGACAUUUUGAAAGCAUGAAUGAACUGCCCUGGAACGCUCCCAGAGUAGGGAUGUUGCUGAUGUGUUUAACCUUCCUGCCAUGUCCUCCACCAAGCUCCCAUGACUGGCUCAUGGGAAGCAGCAUACUAGCAAUCCAGACAGACUAAUAAUCCCAGUAAAGGAUUUCUCACAGACGUAGUCCAACCUAAUCUGUCAAAUAGAAGACAAAAAGUCAAAUGACUGGUAGGUUUUCUAAUUAUAUCUGUAAAAAUAUGUUGUCACUACAUGAGCAAUUCUAUUUCUUAUUGUUUGUGUAUAUUUGUGUACAUGUCAGAGGAAAGCAAUGUGAGGUUUCCACUUACCAAGACUACAAAUGACCUCUGCUGGAAUCUAUGAUUGUUAAGUGUUAUUUAUGCUGAAAUGCUGUAUAUUCACCUGUCUCUUCUAUAUACUGUAUGAGGGCAUCUUUUAGAAACCAAAUCGUGUUUUAUUUUUUGAUUUAUGCUAUUAGGCAAUGCUAAUAUAUUAUUAUUAGCAGGAUAAGUGGUUGGAAGUACAGUACUGGUUGUAUUCAUGUACAUGGGUCAAAAGCAUAAAGCUGCUUUUGAUUGAUGAUUCUAAGUAUGGUUGAAUUAUGGAUGAAUUAUAUGGAAGUUAGACAUCACAGUGAACAUUUUCAUAUUAUUUGAGGUUAAUAGUUAACAAUCAUUUUAAUAAUAAUAAUUAAGAAUGAAUAUUGAACAUAAAUAUAAAACCAAACAAUCGUGAUUUAAGAUGAUUU